UGCCGCCAACGUUUGUCCUGGGUACGUCGGCUCAACAAUGACGAAGGCGAUGGAAUGAGCGCUGUCGGUGGGUAGACUCGUUCUGCUUGGAUCAGUUCGAUGACCCCGCACAUCAAGGGACUCGGCUCGUCUGGGACAAGGCCGACUUCGUAGCUACCAUCAACCGCAUGUAUGACAACAACGAAUGCCAUCUUGUCGACGGGUAAUAAGAGAGCGACUGAACACGUGCAUCCUUUCUCCAGUCUUCACAUAGAUACGCUCCCUUUUGCAAGCAUUUGUUCAUUCCCAACUUUGUGGGUGCGAAACUGAGCACGGCUGCGAUCACGGACUCGAACCGAGGCCACUUGGUAACACAAUAUGUCGCGCGCACGUCCACGGAGCUCCCAGUUUUGGUUCGAUACUUUCCCGUGGAAAAGGUGCAUCCUCAGGUGGCCUCCCACCUGGACGUGAUUCUGUACAGUCGAGCCCAAAUUCAGCUCGAAAAUGCAGCGACGGGGAAAGGUGGUGUGCAUGACGAGACUGCUCCGUGGGGAAUCAUCUACGUCAAGGCGCAAGACGUCGACUAUGAAUUGCCCAUGGACCCCAUCACGAUCAUGCGGAAUGCGUUGGGCAAGGAAGAGGGUGGGUCGGGUGUUCCCUGCGACCGCGACGCGUACCUUCGCUCCGUGCACUACUGGGCCCAGCAUGCAAUUCUUCAGUAGCUGUGUCGAAUUCCAUAUGCUGUGUCCAUGGUGCGAAAUCGAUGACGUGGCAACGACACCAAUGAUUAGACCCAGUAGUGUAGAAAACUGUACGUCGAUAAGGUAGUUUUUGGAAGAAGGCCUGCUGGUCUGUCCAUAAGGUAUGCAUCCUCGCGAUCUCCAUCAAAAUGUCGGGAGCUG